GUAGCUCACACGAUUCGGAUUGGAUAAGUCGAGAAAAAGCAGAUAUGGGAAGAUUUAGAUCUGUGUUGUCGUUGUUACCUUGGAAAUCGGAGUGCUAGCAUGUUUGAAGGUCCACACCCAAAAUCCCACGUGCGCAACGCUAAAUGGAUAACCAGAAAACCGGUUUAAUUUCGGAUUCACCAAACCCAGUUUGGAACUAGAAUAAUCGGUUUCGGUUUUAUUUGGUUUGAUUUAAAGAAACAGAGAAGCUUUCCUUCCUCUCUCUCUCUCUCACUCGCUCCUCUCUUCCGCCGCUAUUUCCAUGGACUGAAAGUAAAGUUGCUCGCUUUUUUUUUUACUCAUUCAAGCAUUCAGCUUUAGAAUCCGAUCGAAUCCUCUUGUAACAACAAUGAUGAAUCGAAUCCUCUUGUUUAUGAUCCUGGCUUUUGUCUUAUCUCUUUCAGAAGUUGAGCCGAUUUCGUUCAAGAUCACGAAUCGUUGCCGGAACACGAUAUGGCCUGGUUUGCUCUCCGGUGCUAACUCCGCGCCGCUCCCCACAACUGGCUUUCGUCUUUCCAGAGGAAAAUCUAAAACCGUCGCAAUACCAGCGUCCUGGUCUGGUCGUCUCUGGGCAAGAACCUUGUGUUCACAAGAUCGGAGCUCCGGUUCUUUCGUCUGCUUAACCGGAGACUGUGGCUCAGGAAAAGUCGAAUGUACAGGCUCCGGUGCUAAACCUCCAGCAACCCUCGCCGAGUUUACUCUCAACGGUACCGGAGGACUUGACUUCUACGACGUUAGCCUCGUCGACGGUUACAACCUCCCGAUGCUAAUCUUGCCCAAGAAAAUCGUCCUUGGAGGAUGCGGAGCCACCGGGUGUCUCGUGGACUUGAACGGCGCGUGUCCCAGAGACCUAAAGCUGGUGGCGCGUGGGAAAGGGAACGGUGUGGCUUGCCGUAGCGCGUGCGAGGCAUUCGGGGACCCAAGGUAUUGCUGCAGCGAUGCGUACGCGACGCCGGACACGUGCCAGCCUUCUGUGUACUCGCUCUUCUUUAAGCAUGCGUGCCCGCGAGCCUACAGCUACGCCUAUGACGACAAGACCAGCACUUACACUUGCGCCACCGGAGCCGAUUAUUUCAUCAUCUUCUGUCCGCCGCCGUAUACAAGCGAGAAGCUUUUAGGAUCGAGGAAAGAUGGGGCAACGCUGCCGCUAGUAAACAAGAGCAUGAUUCAUUUGCGGCAUCCGCACAGCAGCUGAGCCACCUCCUUAUAUGUCUCAAGUCCUUCUUACAUCAGGCAGAUAGGAAAUUCAUGUGUAGAAAAUAUGGCAUUACGGUGGUGAUACCAAGGUAGAAAAUUGUAAAUUUCCUAUUGUUUUACCAAGACUUAUUGUUUCCGUAACCUGCUCUUUCUAUGUCAAUCAUAAGGUAGAAAGAAAUCCAUCUUGUGUACUAAUUAAAAAUAAUGUGAUUAACGGAUUAAGAAUAAGGGGUCGAUAAAAAUAGCCCCAUAAGCCCAUUUGCACA